AUGAGGCAUUGCGUUAGCAUGACAUCCAGACUCGUGUUUUUCUACUUAGUCGUUUCGGUGUUUUGCAGUCGCAUUUAUGCCGCAAACACUUGCUUAGAAAGUAUAUUAGAUUCAAAUGGUAUUGGUAUGGAAGAUGGGACUGUACCUCUCAAGAAACGUGAUGAUAAGGGAUGUGUCGUCACCACAAUAGGUUCGAUUAUGGCCACUGGCGUCAGAUUUGCUGGUAUCAACUCAACCGUCUACACUUCAUGGACUGGUUCUUUUACUAAUACUUUCUCCACCGAUAUCACAACUUUCACCGGAUCCGAUGGUAUUCCAACCACCGAAACUGUCUACUACGCGGAAAGCCCAGUUGUGGGCGUGAACUCCACUACCACUAUGGGAUGGACUGGAAUGUUCACUAGCACCUACUCCACUGAGUUGACUACGUUCACCGGAUCUGACGGUAUUCCAACCACCGAAACCGUCUACUACGUGGAAACCUCAGUUGUGGGCGUGAACUCCACUACAACUACGGGAUGGACUGGAAUGUUCACUAGCACCUACUCCACUGAUAUCACCACUUUCACCGGAUCUGAUGGUAUUCCAACCACCGAGACUGUCUACUAUGUGGAGACUACAGGCAUGGGCGUGAACUCUACAAGAAUCCCUGGACGCACUGCAUCUUUCAUAAGUACCCUCUCAACUGACAUAACCACAUUCACUGGAUCGGAUAGUAUUCCAACUACCGAGACUAUUUCCUAUGCCGAAACCCCAGUUGUGAGCGUGCACUCCACCGUCUACACUCCAUGGACUGGUGCUUCGACCUCGACUUUCUCGGCUGAUGUCGCUACCUUAACUGGAUCUGACGGAAUCCCAACCACCGAGACCGUUUACUAUGUUGAGACCCCAACUGGUGCUUCGACUGUGUAUACCAGAUGGACCGGCUUGGCCACAUCAACAUACUCAACUGAACUGUCGACAAUUACAGGAACUGACGGCAUGCCAACUACACAAACAGUUUAUUAUGUUGAGACUCCGAUGUCAGGACUUUACUCAAAUAGCACUACAAAGAGCGCCAAGCCUGGAAGCUCAAUACCCGCUAGCUCUGAAGGGAAUGCUGCUGUGACUUCCAGCGCUGCCGCUUCAUCACUUUCUUCCGGCGACCCUGGCACUCUUUCGACUGUUAAAACAUCUCCGUGGUCCAGCACCACUCCUUCAGGAUCUGCCAAGUCACAAUCUUCUGCGGAGAAACCAGCUACGCCCUUUUCGAUGUCUACUAUUUCUUCCGAACCUGUGCCUACUGUGACGGGCCAAACAAGCUCUAACUCUUUUACUGAAGAUGUAACUGAGACAGAAAUAGUGACGAGUGCUGCUCCUCUUGUCCCAACGCGCUCUAACAGCAUGAACGUAUUAUCCGGAACCUCAAACUCCAACACAGCUACCAAUAGUGAAUCUGCUGCUAUUUCGGAAUCGAAGGUUGGAAAUACAGCUACUAUUUUAGGUGGGUCUAAUAUCGACUCAGCAGGCACACCAGUUGGCUCUCCAGUUGGCACACCGGCAGGCUCUCCAGUUGGCUCUCCAGUUGGCACACCAGUUGGCACACCAGCAGGCUCUCCAACGCCCGACAGUCCAACCGCCGUACCAAACUCAAACAAUGGUUACGACGGCAAUUGUAGCCCAGGUGAACCUUCCACCACCGCAAAUCCUGCCAUUAACCAAGGUUCUCCACAUAACAGUGAUGAAAAUCCAUCAAGCUCUAGCGAGCAAAGUAUCAAUAGUUUUGCUUCGAUAACAGCAGGAUUUGGUCUUCAAUCACAACCUGGCGACCAAACCACCACGGUUUCUCCCUCAACUUCUCCAACACAAAUUUCCGGCUCUUUUUCGGCUUCAUCCUCGAGUGCUACUUUCUCAGUUUCAACGUAUGAAGGUGCUGCUCAGAAGCUUGGACUUGGGUUUCUACUUGCACUGCCCUUGGCGUUAAUCUAG